GAGAGAGAGAGUCAAGGGGAGAGGAGGGGGGAGCAGCUGCUUUGUAGCUGCUAAGAUUGAGACAGAAAUAGCACACAACCACCGUGAGCCGAUGCGACUCAGAAGCCGGGAUCAAAUUGUAUUCACUUUCAUUAAUCAGUUUCUCUGAGGGAAGGAAAUGACAUCCGGUCCUGUCUUCCUCUACAUCUUGAUUUUUGGAAAAUACUUUGCUCCCGGGAGCGGGCAGGAUGUCGCAUGCGCCCUGGGCUACUUCCCCUGCGGCAACACCACCAAAUGCUUGCCUCAGCUGCUCCACUGUAAUGGUGUGGACGACUGUGGAAACCAGGAGGACGAGGACAACUGUGGUGACAACAACGGAUGGUCUAUGCAACUUGACAAAUAUUUUGCCAAUUACUACAAAAUGACUUCCUGGUAUCCUUUUGUGGCAGAAACAUCUGAAUGCUUGGUCGGUUCUGUGCCCGUGCAAUGUCUUUGCCGAGGUUUAGAGCUUGAUUGUGACGAGACCAAUUUACGAGCCGUUCCAUCAGUUUCUUCAAAUGUGACUUUAAUGUCACUCAAGUGGAACUUAAUAAGAAAACUUCCUCCUGAUGGCUUUAAGAAGUACCAUGAUCUUCAGAAGCUGUGCCUGCAAAACAAUAAGAUUAGAUCCGUAUCCGUCUAUGCUUUCCGAGGACUCCACAGUCUUACUAAACUGUAUCUCAGUCAUAACAGAAUAACCUUCUUGAAGCCGGGUGUUUUUGAAGAUCUCCACAGACUAGAGUGGCUGAUAAUUGAAGAGAAUCAUCUCAGUCGAAUUUCCCCACUAACAUUUUAUGGACUAAAUUCUCUUAUUCUCCUAGCACUGAUGAAUAACAUCCUUACCCGCUUGCCUGACAAGCCUCUUUGUCAGCACAUGCCCAGGCUGCACUGGCUGGACUUUGAAGGCAACCACAUCCAUAAUUUAAGGAAUUUGACUUUUAUUUCCUGCAGUAAUUUAACUGUUUUGGUAAUGAGGAAAAACAAAAUUAAUCACCUCAGUGAAAACGCGUUUGCACCGCUCCAGAAACUAGAUGAAUUGGAUUUAGGAAGUAAUAAGAUUGAAAAUCUUUCAUCACUUGUCUUUAAGGAUCUGAAGGAGCUCUCACAGUUGAAUCUCUCCUAUAACCCAAUCCAGAAAAUUCAAGCAAACCAAUUUGAUUACCUUGUCAAACUCAAGUCUCUCAGCCUAGAAGGAAUUGAAAUUUCAAAUAUCCAACAAAGGAUGUUUAGACCUCUCACGAAUCUCUCUCACAUCUAUUUUAAGAAGUUCCAGUACUGUGGCUAUGCACCCCAUGUUCGCAGCUGUAAACCAAACACUGAUGGAAUCUCAUCUUUAGAGGAUCUCCUGGCGAGCAUUAUUCAGAGAGUAUUCGUCUGGGUUGUGUCUGCAGUUACAUGCUUUGGAAACAUCUUUGUCAUCUGUAUGCGACCUUAUAUCAGAUCUGAGAACAAGCUGCAUGCCAUGUCGAUCAUUUCCCUCUGCUGUGCCGACUGCCUGAUGGGAAUCUAUUUGUUUGUGAUCGGAGCCUUUGACCUGAAGUUUCGAGGAGAAUACAACAAGCACGCACAGCUGUGGAUGGAGAGCAUUCACUGUCAGCUUCUGGGGUCCCUGGCCAUUCUGUCCACAGAAGUAUCAGUGUUACUUUUAACAUUUCUGACAGUGGAAAAAUAUAUCUGCAUUGUAUAUCCUUUCAGAUGUUUAAGACCUGGAAAAGGCAGAACCAUUACAGUUUUGAUUCUCAUUUGGAUUAUCGGUUUUAUCGUGGCUUUCAUUCCACUGAGCAAUAAAGAAUUUUUCAAAAACUACUACGGCACCAAUGGGGUAUGCUUCCCUCUUCAUUCAGAAGAUACAGAAAGUACUGGAGCCCAGAUUUAUUCAGUGGCAAUUUUUCUCGGUAUUAACUUAGCAGCAUUUAUCAUCAUCGUUUUCUCAUAUGGAAGCAUGUUUUACAGCAUCCAUCAAAGUGCCAUAACAGCAACCGAAGUACGGAAUCAAGUUAGGAAAGAGAUGAUCCUGGCCAAACGUUUUUUCUUUAUUGUUUUUACCGAUGCAUUAUGCUGGAUACCCAUCUUUAUACUGAAAUUCCUGUCAUUGCUUCAGGUAGAAAUACCAGGUACCAUAACGUCUUGGGUAGUGAUUUUUAUUCUGCCUAUCAACAGUGCUUUGAACCCAAUUCUCUAUACUCUGACCACAAGACCAUUCAAAGAAAUGAUCCAUCAGUUUUGGUAUAACUACAGACAGAGAAGAUCUAUUGACAGCAAAGGAAGUCAGAAGACAUACGCUCCAUCGUUCAUCUGGGUAGAAAUGUGGCCCGUGCAGGAGAUGCCUUCCGAGCUAAUGAAGCCAGCUCUUUUCACAGACCCCCGCGAAUUAUCACUCAUUUCGCAAUCAACUAGACUCAAUUCCUAUUCAUAACCGACUGAAACCUAUUUCUACACAGAGAAUAUCGUGGGAUGCUUUAUGAUGGAUUUAUUAGGAUAAAAUAAAUGCCACAAAAUAAUUUAUAAUAACGGCUAAAAUAAAUUAGCUUACAUGGACAUGAGGCUAUUUGGGAAAAAAUCAAAAUGACUGAUGCCCAUGUAAAGGGAAAUAAAUUAUAUUGAUAAUGUGUAUAAACUGGUACAUAUUUUGGAUAGGAAACUAAGAGAAAUCUACUUCAAGGUUCAUUCAUUCUUUUACCAUGCAUUUAUUGAGUACCCACUGUGUGCAUGGCACUGCAGUAAAUUCCUGGGAGUAGACAGUAUAGAAUCUUUUCAAUUUGCAAUGUUAAGUUGUAUUUAACUACAAGAAUAUAAAAAGUCCAUCUGCAGGUCCUAGUUUAAGGUAGAGCUUUGUCUGUCUUGCUUACCAGCAAAAGUGAGAAUCACAGACACUCUUAAAUAAAGGUUUACGGUUUUGGAAUAAUCAGUAUACUAGCAUCAGAAAAAAUGUCUGAUUAUUAGCAAAGUACAGACAUUUUGUUUUAAGAAUUCAUCUUACCUCUCUUCAAGUAUGUAUACUUGAGAGCCAAUAAACAUAUUUAUUACUAUGAAAAAAGAGCUCUGAUAUUAACUCAAAAGAGCACCUCUCUGUCACUUCCUUCCCAGUUGUCUUUUUGCUUUAAAUGAGCACCAUUAUAUGAGAUCAUAAAAAGAGAAUAAAAGUAUGGCAAAGGAAUGAGUCAGAAAAGCUAGAACAAGGAUAGACAUUUAGAUCAGUGGAACAGAAAUGAGAGUCCAGAAAUAAAACCCUCAUAUUUAACAGUCAGUUGAUGUUCAACAAAGAUGCCAAGACAAUCAAAUGGGGAAAGAACAGUUUUUUCAACAAAUGGUGCUGGGACAACUGGAUAUCCAUAUGCAAAAUAAUGAAUUUGGACCCCUACCUCGCACCGUAUACAAAAGUUUACUCAAAACGAAUUGACGACAUAAAUAUGACAUGAAUCACUUAGAAGAAAAUAUAUGGGAAAUCUUCCAAACCCUGGAUUUGGCAACGGAUUCUUAGAUAUAACAACAAAAGCAUGAGCAACAAAAGGGAAAAAAAUGGAUAAACUGGGCUUCAUCUAAAUUAAAACCUUUUGUGCAUCAACAAACAUUAUUAAAAGAAGUGAAAAGACAAUCUUCAGAAUGAAAGAAGUUUCAUUCAUAUAUUUUGAGAAGGGUUUAAUGUCCAGAAUAUAUAAAGAACUCUUAUAACUCAACAAAAAAGACAAGCAACCCAAUUUAUUAAAUGGGCAAAGGACUUGAAUAGAAUUUUCUCCACAGAAGAUUCAUAAAUGGCCAAUAAGCAUGUUCAAUAUCACUAAUCAUUAGGAAAAUACAAAUUAAACUAUAAUGAGAUAACACUGCACGUACUAGGAGGGCUAUAAUUUAGAAAAACAAAAACAAAAACAGAAAAUAACAAGAAUUGGCAAGGACGUGGAUAUUGAAAAUCUUUCUACAUUGCUGGUCAGAAUGUAAAAUGAUGCAGUCACUGUAGAAAACAGUUUGCUGAUUCCUCAAAAGCUUAUCAUAGGGCUUCCCUGGUGGCGCAGUGCUUGACAGUCCGCCUGCCAAUGCAGGGUACAUGGGUUCGUGCCCCGGUCUGGGAAGAUCCCACAUGCUGCGGAGCGGCUGGGCCCGUGAGCCAUGGCCGCUGAGCCUGCGCAUCCGGAGCCUGUGCUCCGCAACAGGAGAGGCCACAACAGUGAGAGGCCCGCGUACCAAAAAAAAAAAAAAAAAAAAACUUAUCAUAGUAUUCCCAUAUGAUAUAGCAAUUUCAUUCUUGGGUAUAAACCCAGAAGAAAACAGGACUCAGAUCCUUGUAUUCAGAUACUCAUCAUAGCAUUAUUCACAGCAGCCAAAAGAUGGAAACAACCCAAGUGCCCGUGAACUGAUGAACAGAUAAACAAAAUGUGGUGUAUACAUAUGAUGGAAUAUUAUUCAGCCAUAAAAGGAAUAAAUUCUGACACAUGCUAUAACACGAUGAACGCGAAUAAACCAGGCACAAAAAGUUCAAAUGACUGUAUGAUUCCAUUUACAUGAUAUAUCUAGAAUAAGCAGAUUCACAGAGACAAAGUAGAUCAGAGGUUACUGAGGUGGGAGGGUUGGGGAGAUGAUGCCUGAGAAGUACAGAGUAUCUUCUUGGGCAAAAAGAAGUUCUAAAAUUGAUUGUAGUGGUAGAUAAACAACUCUGCGGUUAUAUGAAAAGCCACUGAAUUGUACACUUUAGAUGCGUGAAUUUUAUGGUAUGUAAAUUAUAUCUCAAUAAAGCAGUUAAGGGAAAAGAAAAAAAGGGCCAUAAUGCACUGAUUCAGGACCUGAACUUCAGGGGGAAAAGAUCUGCAUAUUUUACUCUAUAGGACACUUUUACUCUACAGAGAGAGUCAUCAGGGGAUGAAUUUACCGUCUGUUCAUGUGGUCGGCAAGUUCAUCAGAUACUUUUUAGCUCUGAGCUAUUGAAAUUUUUUGCUUUCAUAAUUUGAAAACGUUACACAGGAAUAAAAUGUUUUCAGGUAGUUUUAAAUACCCCCCAAAUGUCUGAAACAUGAAAAUACUGGAAUCAAAAACAUAACAAAUUUAUUGAAUAAUUAUAUAGAUUUCUUUUGAAAAUAAACUAUCCGAACUUUAAUUCUGUUAAAAAUA